AUGUGCCUCAAGACAAAGAUGGCCCGUUCCAGCUGGGCUCCGCAGAGAUACCGGAGGCCCUGCAGAAGGCGAUGGUGCCAGUGGAGGCGAGCACAGAUACCGACCUGCGCGAAGUUGUCUUUACGAGGGUGCUGGCACGAGGACGAAUCGCCGAUGUUGCGGCUGCUGAUGAUGGAAGUAACACAAAGGAUGGUGACGAUCGUGAUGAUGCCACAAGUGUGA